CAUGUGGCUUUAUAUUUUCGGAAACUUUCUGGAGCUUUGGGGAAAAUGAAAGUAAACCAUGGCAGAUGAAAUCCUGCCACUUCUUGGGAUUAAUGUUAUAAACAACGUAGAAAACGAUGAAGACAGCAGCAGCAGUGAUGAUGAUGAUGAUGAUGAAAAUGAUGUAGAGGAACAGAACAUAGAUGUUGAUGAAGAAAAGGAAGAUGAUGAUGAAAAUAGUAAUGAAGAAAAUACCAAUAAUACUAGAAGAUUACAGUCUAUGACAUUUGAUACUUCACUUCCUGGUACACACUCAUAUCUUGGUGAUGACUUAGAAGAUAUCAGUGGACGAACAAUAUAUGAUGAGGAUGGACUGGUGUCUCUGCCAUUGAUUAAACUACCAGGAAUGGUACUGGUUCCUGGUCAAACAAUACCACUCACUUUAUUUCAUCAACAUGUAGUUGCCAUGAUGAAAGAAGUGAAGGAUUCUGAUAAAACAUUUGGUGUGAUAGCAUAUAGAUACCUAGAAAAUGAAGAAGGAUCAGCAACUACUGCAAACAUAGGUACAACGGCUGAGAUAUUUUCAUAUAAAGACGAGACAGAUGACCAGACAGGACUGUCUUCAGCAAGUCUCAUGGCAAAGGGAAGACAGAGAUUUAAAGUUGUGGAGUCAAGAAGAACUAAUACAGGAAUUUUAAUGGCAAAAGUUAAAAUACUGAAAGAAAGAAUGUUACCAGAUUUUUUGGAGGGAGCUAGACCACCAUCACACUGCAAGUUUUGUUGUAAUCCUGUAGAGCAGGAUCCUAUGGAACAGACAGCUGUAGACAGAGAGGGCAAGGUCAUUGCCAAUGUUUCAUACAUAAAAAACAGACAGAUAAAUAGAUUCACAUCAGCACAUUACACAUGGUGGCCUCCUUGGGUCUAUAAAAUGUAUGAUCCAGAAUCAGUAGUACAAAGAAUGAAACAAAAACUAAAUAAAUGGAAUGAAACCUUACAAGCAGAUAGAUUAACAAAUGAUCCUAUAGAACUGUCUUAUUGGGUGUGUCAAAACCUUCCAUUAGACGACAGUCAAAGAUUAAAUUUACUUAGUUUAGAUAGUGCUGUACAGAGAUUAAGAUGUGCUUUAAGUAUAAUGGAAAAGUGUUCUGUGAUAUGCUGUAGAGAAUGUAAAACACAUGUGGCAUUAACCAAUGAUGUCUUCAGUCUUUCAUUGGAAGGUCCACUUGGUGCAUAUGUGAAUCCACAUGGACAUGUACAUGAAACCUUAACUGUUUAUAAAAGUCAGAAUAUCAAUUUAAUGGGAAGACCUACAAAAGAACACAGCUGGUUUCCAGGUUAUGCCUGGACUAUAGCUUACUGUAGAAGAUGUACAAAUCAUAUGGGUUGGAAAUUUACAGCAACAACAAAAAAUCUGACACCCCAGAAAUUUUUUGGUCUGACUCGAGGAUCUGUUACUCCUGGUAUGCAGCAAGCAGAUGAAUUAACAGAUGGAGAUACUUGGAUGCCAACUAUGUAGAGCUUUUAAGAUCUUGACAAUAUUUAUAUAGAAUAACUUACAGAAUUUUCUGAAAAUAUAUUUUUCGUAACAAACUGAUAUUUUGCAUUUUUUUGUGAUCAGGAAAAGAAUGUAAUAAAAUUGUUAUUUUUUUGGUCAUGAAAGUUACCUGUUUUACAUUUUUUUUUUGACAAAUGGUUGCAACAGGGUACAGCUGUGUCAUUAUGGAUAUUAUUAUAAACAAGUAAUAGCUGAACUAUUUAUAUUGCUGCAUGAAAGUUUAUGCUUUGAGUUAUAGGAGUUAUUAUGUUGUAAAAGAUGGCAAUACAAUAUUGUGAUUUAAACUUGAUAUAUAAUAUAUGUCUUGUCUUGAGUUUUAUAUAUAUAUAUAAAACUCAAGACAUCUACAUAUAUGUGUUAUUUUGUAAGGGAUACUGAGUAUUCUUCUUAAAAUGACUAUGUCUUUACUGAUGGAAAAAGGUUUCAUUAGAACAUUGUAGAACUAAACCAGAUGUAGAAAAGUUUUGAUACAGUAUAUGCCUCAUGGAAUCCAUUAGAGUCUCCAUAGAUGUAUUUAUUAGGAGGUAAUCAUGUUCAGAAUUGUGUGAAAGAGUCUUAUUUUUUUACUUGAAUGUUUUGUAUUUAUUAUUUUUUUUAUGUUAGUGAUUGUUAUGUUGUUGAAAUGUAACUUGUUAGUAAAUUUCUAGUUUUUAUAGUCACAUAAUGGCCAACUUAUGUCAGACUCACUGUAUAAGAUGUUAAUUUUUGCUUCAGUAUUUGUUUUAAACCUGUCUUUUUUUAAGGGAUUCCAAAGUUAUAUGAUGUGAUCUUAAAAAAGAAAAUUGCUAAAUUAGGGUUUUGCCUCAGACUUCAUUAUGCACCAAACAUAGAUAUUUAAUUAAGCCAGUCAGGUAUAACUUGCUAUGGAUAAAUAUUCUUGUUUUAUCAAAGAAAUAAAACAAAUCUCACUGGGGUUGGAAUUUUUCUUUUCAUACAGCUGAUGUGCAAUUUGUUUUUUUAAUUAGUUGCUUGUCCAUAAGAGUUUCAACACAAUUGUUUUUUUCACAGAAAUUCUUGAAAAACAUAUUACCCUUACCCUAUUGUCUUAAACUUUUAAUACAUGUGGUAUGCAACUUAUAACUCUACUUUUCUACUUGUCAAAAUAAUCUUACUUGUACAUGAGUGUAAUUAAAACUUGUAAAAUGUAUCAAAAUUUUGUUUUGAAAAAAAUGUGAAAUUGUACUGUGAUACUGAAUAAAAUUGAGCUGCAUAUUAAAAUGAGA